CACGCGCGCGCGCGCAGUGUCUCUGCUGUGACUGUGUAUCACUUCAGAUGCUCAGACAGAAUUAAAAAUGCGCUCCUCCGCCUUGUCACCGGCGCUGUGCGCAUAUUCUUGACGAGCCCGUGUUCCCACAGCAUGGUGCUCGGACUCACAGGCUCAGCUCUGUCUUCAUUCGCCACCGUUAAACUCUCCCGGACGCCCAAUUAGACGGCGCAGCGCCACGCAGCACCUGUUCCCACCUUCACAGACGAGAUGCAGGCGGUGGGCGGCGCCCAGCACGGCUCGCAGCGCGCCUUCAGCGUCCUGGACCGGCUGCUGCUCACGCAUCCCGUGUGGCUGCAGCUGUCGCUCAACCAGGACUCCGCUCUGUACAUCCUGCUCAGAGAGCCUGUCGGGACCUUCCUGGUGCGUAAAUGCAGCUCCAGCCAGAGGAAGGUGCUGUGUCUGAGAGUGACGGCGGACAGAAGUGCCUCCUCCGUUAAGGAGUGCUUCAUCUGCGAGGAGGACUCCACAUUUGCCUUGGAGAGCUCAGCACUCACCUUCCCUGACUUGUGUCGACUGGUGGCCUUCUACUGUAUCAGCAGGGAUGUGUUGCCGUUCCCGCUGGAGCUGCCGGACGCCAUCGCCAGCGCCACCACGCACAGGCAGCUGGAGGCCAUUUCACACAUGGGACAAGACUUCUGGAGCUCUCCCAGCGCUUCAGACAUCCAAAACGGACCAGUGGAUUUGGCUGCGUCCACCAGCAGCAGUCAGGCCAAGAGAGCGGUGAGCGAGGACCGGUGCACGCGAGGCAGACAAGGCAAACUGUGCUUCAUCAACCCGCUCUUCCUGCAGCUGGAGGUCAGCAAGGUCAGUAGCAAGCAGCCGCAACUCACCAACCACAGUGCCUCCAACAAACGGCACCGCUUCAAGCGCAGCAUGCGGCUCCGGCUCUCCGAGUCCUCCAUGAACCUGUCCCUGGAGGGGGUGGGCUCCUUCUCGCCGCCCCCGUCGCUGGAGCAGCCCGGGGGGUCGGAGCGGCUGCAGAAGGACGGCACCAACCCCCAGAGGCGGGUUCACGCCGGGGCCGGGGUCCUGCGGAGGACCCCCGCCGUGUCGCCGGGCUCCGCAGAGGAAGAGGACAUGAUGUCCGUCUACGUGCCCCAAGCAUCUGCCAAAGCAGAGGAGGCUCCCAGGGCCCAGCAUUCAGCAGCACAGGGCUCCGGCACCGAGGUGGCGGCUCUGGCUCUGGACCGCCGCCCGGCGCCGUCCCUGGCCGAGCUCGACAGCAGCAGCUCCUUCAGCAGCAUGGACGAGGACGAGGGCUCCGACUCGGACCCGGAGAGCAGCGCCCAAACCAAAGUGCACGCGCACCAGCGGCCGCCCCUGGUGCGCUCCCGCGGCCGCGGCGGACUGCACCGCAUGAGCGAGGCCUUCGUGUGCUUCUUCGCCCCCGACAAGCGGCUGACGCGGCUGGUGGAGGAGCUGUCCAGAGACAGGCGCUCCAUCUUUGGAGGCAUUGUUCAGGACUUCCUGCUGGAGCAGAGGGAGGUGCUCAAAUCGCUGAGCUCGGCGCCUUCGUCGUCAGCCUCCUCCUCGUCGCGCGUGACCUCCGUGCAGCUGCUGCAGGGUCUGCGGCUCUUCCUGUCCCAGGCAAAGUGCUGCCUGCUGGACAGCGGGGAGCUGGAGCCUCCCAUCGAGACCCUGGUGCCAGAGAACGAGAAAGACCUGGCGCUGGAGCGGGCCAUGUUCUCCUGCGUGCUCCGGCCGCUCAGGUCCCACCUGGACCGGGCCCUGGCGGCGCUGCACGCUCAGGACGGCUCCAGCCAGCGCCUGAGCCAGAACAUGCUGCGCGUGAGGGGCGACGCCGCCAUGGAGCGGCUCGGCGUGCGCACCGGCGUCCCCGACGCCCGCCAGGUGGAGCGGGUGAAGCAGAAGCUGGUGCUGAUGCAGAGGACGCACUCGCCCAUCGACAAGGUGCUGCUGCUGCUCCAGGUGUGCAAGUGUGUGCACAAAGCCAUGGGAUCCCUGCACGGACAGGAAGUGAGCUGGGACGACUUCCUGCCGUCGCUGUCCUACGUGAUCGUGGAGUGCAACAGGCCUCACAUCCUGACAGAGGUGGAGUACAUGAUGGAGCUUCUGGAGCCCUCCUGGCUCGGAGGCGAAGGUGGCUACUACCUGACCAGCGCGUUCGCCAGCCUGUGUCUGAUCCAGAGUCUGGACCGGGGGCAGCCCGUCUCCGGCUGCCUGACGCCCGAGGCCCAGGAGGCGCUGAAGGAGUGGAGCUGCAGACGGAGCCGAGAAGCCCAGCGACAGCGGGAGAACCAGCAGAACCAGAGGUGCGUUCGGAUACUGUUCCAGGACGGGGAGCGGAGCGCCGUGCGGACGUUGCAGUGGAGAGCGGGGGAGAGCAGCCAGGCCCUGGCGCAGCUGUGCGCCUCCACCUUCGGAGUGUCCGACCCGCAGCAAUACACCCUGUACUGGCGCAGCGGCGGUGAGAUGAGGGCGCUGCCGCCCCAGGCCCAGCCACAGGACCUGGCCGGCCACAGCGAGGGGGGGCCCUCGCUCUCCUACCUGAGGACCGACCAUGACUUCAGCAAGAUGCGGCGGCUCACCAGAGGUGGCGCCGUGGACCUGAGCGAGUCGGUGUGCGAGGAGUGAGUGGGUGGGAGGGAUGGAGGAAGAGGAGGGGGAGGAGGAGGAGGAGAAGAUGGAUGCUCGCUCUGGCUUUCUCUCUCUCUCUCUCGCUCGCUCGCUCUCGCUCGCUCUCUUCCUCCCCGGCGCUGUGUUGUGUCUCGUCGCGGGUCAGGACUUGUUGUGAAAAACUACAGCCCUUUUCCAGACUAGGAGCAGACCUUAAACGGUAAACUCUCCCCCAAAUGGACCAACAUGCAGAGCAGAGCAGGACCGACAUAGGGACCGCCAGUCGUACUAUGUACCACUCAGUGUGGCUGCUAGUGUAAAGGAGUGUGCUAUUUGUGACAUGGAAAAAAAUGUGUAAUAAAUGGAUUUUGUUGUUCUAUGAAACAUGAACCCAGAGCUGUACUAUGAAAGGAUGACAUCAUUAGAGCAAGUGGAGGCUCAAAUCCAAAGACAAAUUCUGUGAGGCGGCUGUUGCCUGGAAACAAAACCACUUCCUGUACGCGCACCACGUGAGCGACUGUCCACGGCGGUGAUGUAACCCUUCAGCCGCACAGCUCUGGGGUGACGCUGAGAGACACUUGGAUGUUUUACUUCGCUUUUAUGAGUAGGUCUGCAGAUGUUUGGCUGAGCCCCGAAGUUUAUAACACACAGAGUGAGUUGUGUUACAGCCGAGACCAAACCUCAAUACCAAAGCUACAGGAGCCCAUAACAGGGGGCCAUUUUGUGAUACAGGUGUUUAGAAUGAGACAAAUCGCAGCUACAAGAUUAGAAGGAGCUUUAAAUCGGCCGCUUUUAGAAUCACCCACCGAGACGAUUUUAUUUGUGUUCCUCAGAGGAAAAGAGCAGACUCUCCUCCUCGCUGGCGUUUUCUAUUAAGUGUUUUGGCAGGUGGAGUAAUGGGCGAGUGGGAGGGAAGUGAUAGAAAAGCACCAGCUCUCUGUUUUUAAUCCAUGUGAGAAGAACGGCGUCACGCGGAGACAACCUGCAGCAGUUUUACUGAAUGACUUCACGAAUGUAUUCAAACCUUUUUCCAUGUCGGUGCGCUGAAUCCUUCCGCACGUUCACAUCCACUGCUUUUCAGUUCUACUGUUUCUCUUGGCCGCGCUGCACAAUGACUCUGCGUUACUACCUGGACUAAGAGGACAGUCCCACCAACGAACCAGGGCCGCUCGGUGGCUGGCUGAAUGUAAAAACCAAAAGGCACCGGUCUCCGGUGGCUCCUGCUGCAAGUCAUCGCCAUCAGCUGACUGUUGGAUCAGUGUCAUUAUCGAUUUAUCAUGCUGUGUAUUAAAAACUAACUUUAAAUUGUUCAAUUUGUUGGGUAGAUGUCAAGCCUAAGUAUGGAGUUUCCACAUGCCUGGAGUUUUUAACCGGCCGACGAGGUUCCUCUGGAGAACUAUGACGUGCUAUGAACAUAAUUGCAUGCUUUUUCAUUUGACGUGAAGGUUCUGCGAAUGUGGUGUGUGUGCGUGAAGCAUGUGUUCAUUGUGAGAGCUCACUAUUUCUUUUCAGUGUAAGAACACAUUACGGUACUUUGUCAGGUAACUCAAUAUCGCAAUAAAAGAUUGCAGUAUCCGUCCA